CACGCAGUCCGUGGCGCGCACGCAGAGUUUGCACAGCGCGCGCAGCGGCGGGCUCUUCGGCGCCGAGGUGCGGGACGUGGCGAGGGGAUUGUGAGAUCGUUAAUCUUUGGCAACUUUUGAAGUCUUAAAGAAGCUCUAUAUCAAAGAAGAUCAACCCGCAGUCUCUGUCAGCUAGAGGAUGGACCGUUUGGGUUCCUUUAGCAAUGAUCCAUCUGAUAAGCCACCUUGCCGAGGCUGCUCCUCCUACCUCAUGGAACCUUACAUCAAAUGUGCUGAGUGUGGGCCUCCUCCUUUCUUCCUGUGUUUGCAGUGUUUCACUCGAGGAUUUGAGUACAAGAAACAUCAGAGUGAUCAUACUUACGAAAUAAUGACCUCAGACUUCCCUGUUCUUGAUCCCAGCUGGACAGCACAAGAAGAAAUGGCCCUUUUAGAAGCUGUAAUGGACUGUGGCUUUGGAAAUUGGCAGGAUGUGGCUAAUCAAAUGUGCACCAAAACCAAGGAGGAGUGUGAGAAGCACUACAUGAAGCAUUUCAUCAAUAACCCUCUGUUUGCAUCCACCCUGCUAAACCUGAAGCAAGCUGAGGCAGCCAAAACUGCUGACACAGCCAUUCCAUUUCACUCUGCAGAUGACCCUCCCCGGCCUGCCUUUGAUUCAUUGCUGUCUCGGGACAUGGCAGGAUACAUGCCAGCUCGGGCAGAUUUCAUUGAGGAGUUUGACAAUUAUGCAGAGUGGGACUUAAGAGACAUUGAUUUUGUUGAAGACGACUCGGACAUCUUACAUGCUCUGAAGAUGGCUGUGGUGGAUAUCUAUCAUUCCAGGUUAAAAGAGAGGCAAAGACGAAAAAAGAUUAUAAGAGAUCAUGGAUUAGUCAACCUUAGAAAGUUCCGACUAAUGGAACGGCGGUAUCCCAAGGAGGUGCAAGACCUUUAUGAAACAAUGAGGAGAUUUGCAAGGAUUGUGGGACCAGUGGAGCAUGACAAGUUCAUUGAAAGCCAUGCAUUGGAAUUUGAACUCCGAAGGGAAAUCAAGAGGCUCCAGGAAUACAGGACAGCAGGCAUUACCAAUUUUUGUAGUGCCAGGACAUAUGAUCACCUGAAGAAGACACGCGAGGAAGAGCGCCUUAAACGCACCAUGCUCUCAGAAGUUCUCCAGUACAUCCAGGACAGCAGUGCGUGCCAGCAAUGGCUCCGCCGGCAGGCUGACAUUGAUUCUGGGCUGAGUCCUUCUGUUCUGAUGGCCUCUAACUCAGGAAGACGAAGUGCACCACCAUUGAACCUCACGGGCCUCCCUGGUACAGAGAAACUCAAUGAAAAAGAAAAGGAGCUCUGUCAGGUGGUGAGGUUGGUACCUGGAGCCUAUUUGGAAUAUAAGUCUGCUCUGUUGAAUGAGUGUCACAAGCAAGGAGGCUUGAGACUGGCACAAGCAAGAGCACUCAUCAAGAUAGAUGUGAACAAAACCCGGAAAAUCUAUGACUUCCUCAUCCGAGAAGGGUACAUCACGAAAGCCUGAGUCUCUGUGCUUGGCAGUGCAAACCAGAACGAUGGAACAUGGCCAGUCAAAGGACAGUGUACACAUUCCAGAGACUUGUAUUUGAGUUGGGUUCUUACUGUGAGAAGAAGGAGAGACACUGGAAGUCUAAAUGUGAUAACCUCUUUCUUCUCUGCGCUCCGUAAAGCGCUCCUGUUGGGAGUACAGUGCUGCAGGCUGUGUGCUCAGCAAGUUAUUAUUAAGCACAGUGGGCACUCGUUCCUGGCCCCUCUUAAGUCAAACAGGAGCCGCAGGACCUCACGCCAUGGCUCUGGUGGAGAUAGAAGGAACCAAGCCACAGCAUCUCAUCCAGGAGGCCAGCUCGGACCCACACACUGGAGCAAAGUUCGCUCACUCUGCAUUCCCGUCUUGCAGGCAGAUUUUAAAUGAAGGUUUUUAGAGCACAGGAAAGCCUUUUCUUCCAAGGAUUUUUUUUCUUUUUUUAUGCUGACAUCUUAGUUUAUGAGAUGAAGAGGUGGAACUCUUCCCCCUCCCCAUGGUCUGUCUGAAACUUCAUUUUAACUGUAAUGUCUAGCUUUGUGCUGUGCAGUCUGGCUGUCUGAUGUGCAGUCGACUCUUGAGGAGGUGGCACUGGAUAUAAAAUGUCUCUGUUAUUUUUAGAAUUAAUGGAUUAAAAUGUUUUGCUAUUUAA